AUGAAUACUGAUGAUUUUGAUCUUCUAUAUAAGAAAUUAACAGAAUUAGAUAUAACAAAUGAACCAGAACAAAAUAAUAAACAUAAUAAUAAUAAUAAUAAUAAGAAUAAUACGUAUAAUAAUUUACAGCAAUUGAAUGUUGCAAAUAUUAAUGCUCAACCAUUUAAUCAAUCACCUUUUAAUCCACAACCGUUUUUUCAAAGAAGUAGUUUUAAAGAUCCUUUCAAUUUACCUAUUGAGUUACAAGGUGGUGUUUCUGAAAUUUCAAGUAGAAGACCAAGUUAUGCUGCUGAAUCAUAUACUAGAAGUAAUACGUCCACGACAAAUUGGUCAACUAAUGAACCAUCAUCUGUAAUUCCACCAUUAUCACAGCAGCAACUUCAAUAUUCAUUUUAUCAGCAGCAACAACAGCAACAACAACAACAGCAUCAAUUCCCUUCAUUUUUUGAUUUUCAACAUAGAAGACCAAGUCAACAAAUUACUUUUUCAAACAGUUCAUUUUAUCAAGAAAGUAAUAAUAGUAAUAAUAAUAGUAAUAAUAAUAUUAAUAAUAAUAAUACUAGUACUAAUAAUACUACAACUUCUGAAAUUAGACUUGAAAAUGGUCUUAUUUUAAAAAACGAAUUCAUAAUAGCUUCCCAAGACUUAAAGAUUUUAUAUUCAAAAACAACAAAAUACUUUGAAGAUCCAAAUUUAACUAAUGAAAUAAUUUCAAAAUUGAAUAAUCUUUUGAAAUGUUCAGUAAUACAAAAGUUAAUUAUAUUUAUUAAGAAUAUAAAUAAUAUUAGUUAUAAUAAAUUACUAACUCUUGUGGUUAAUAAAAAUGGAAAAUUGGAUUUAUUAAGUUAUCCCAACUCAUCAAAUAUUUUCUUACAAAAAGGAGAUGUGGUAAUUGUAGAUGGAGAUAGAGGUAAGGAUUUAGUAAUGAUUGUUGAACCAUUGAUUCAAUUAAAUUUUGCAAUUUUAUUCAAUUUUAUUAAAAAGAUGGAACAUUUAAAAUCACUUACAAUUCUCGAUUCAAAUAAUACUAAAUCAACAUCAACUCAUUCAGUAAAUCAAUCUGCCUCCAACAUAAUUAAUUACUUAAAUGAAGAUAAUGAGUUUAUAAUUACAUUACCAACAAAACAAGUUUUACGAUUUGCAACUCCAAAUGAAUUACAUAAAUUAAAUAAGAAAUUUUUGGAAGAAAAGAAAUCUUUUAUGACAUGCUUUAACAAAAUUAAGGAACUUCAACUCAACUCACAGUUAAUUUUGAUCAAUGUGGAAUAUCAAUUUGAUUUUAAAAAAUUGAUAUUUUAUUAUUUUGCAAAUUUUAAAAGAAUAGAUUUUAGAGGCUUAAUUAAAGAAUUGUUCAAAAUUUAUAAAACUAGAAUAUGGCUUUGUGCUGUGCUUCCUUUUGGUGAACCAAAAUUGUACGAAAGUGAUAUUAUUUCGAUGGAUAAUUUGAAUAAAGGUGAAGGUUUACCAUCAGAAUAUAACAUUACCAAUGAUCUAAUACUCAACUUUAAUAUUAGUAAUUUACCAGAUUCAAAUUAUUUUCAUAGUUUAAAUUUAAGAAAUUUGAUUAAUAAUUUGGAAAAGGAUGUAAAGGGGAAUUUUUAUGGAUUUGGUGGUAAAGAUGCAAGUAAAGAAUAUAAAGAUGCAAACUUUAAUCAAGUCAAUAAAUUGAAUAGUAAUGGUAAUGGUCAUGAUAAGAAUAAGAUUUUAUCUAAUUUUAAUCCGUUUGGGGAUUGA